AUGUUGCAAUGGAAGCAAAAGCGAAGUAUGACAUCGCAGCCAGGUCACUGGGAUCCACAUGUGACUCGUGUGAAGAACCCCAUUCCACCAUUGCCCAACAAGAAGCCCAUGUAUAUCCUUGGUGGUGCGUCGCUGGCAGUGAUGUGGUACGUGCUUUCUGGCUACUUCAAUAAUAAGGAGCGUCUUGGAUCGUCUGUCCUUCGUAUGGUGUCACAACGUGUGCGCACAGCACCAGAAGUAAUUGAAAUGUUGGGCGAUCCGGUGAAAAUCAAGCGCAGUAUGUUUGGUGAUCCAUGGAUUGAUGGCAUUGUCAACCCACUCAAGGGCAAAGUCGAUAUGAGCUUCGAAGUACAAGGACCCCUUGGUGUCGGCAAGGUAUAUUUCACGUCGGUGCGCAAACACAAAGCGGAUCCAUUCGAGCUGCUUCGAUUUUUGGUCGUGCCCAAUGGCGACUCAAGUCGAGCCAUUUCCUUACUAAGUAAUGGUAUCGAGCAUGAUAUGCUCAAAGAUGAAUAG